GGAGCUGAUCUGACGUUGUUUCAAAGAUGAGAGUCCUUAGAGAACUAUUCGUGGUGUUAAUGGUGGUUUUCCUGGCCAAUUCUGCAUCUGUUCCUAAGAAGCGAAGUUGUGAAGAUAAUUCUCUCCGUUCGGGAUGUGACGACAGAAGACAGCAUCCAAGAUUCAGUGAUGACGGGGUUAAACAGGCUGCUGAAGCCACAAGUGCUGAACAAAGUCAAGAUUAUUGGAUAGACAUGGCCAAGUCUUUCGUGUCUGAUCAAACCAAGCGCACGCAGAACACGAAGAAGGCGAAGAAUGUGAUCUUCUUCCUAGGCGAUGGCUUGGGCAUCACGACAAUCACGGCGGCCAGGAUGCUUCUGGGUGGGGAAGAGAAGAAGUUCUCCUUCGAGAAAUUCGCCCACACAGGAUCUUCCAUGACUUACUGCGUGGACAAGCAAGUGGCGGAUUCUGCGUGCACGGCCACGGCUUAUUUGACCGGAGUUAAGGCGAACUACGGAACUACUGGAGUCAAUGCGAAAGUACCGCGAUACGAUUGCCUCGCCGGACAGGAUCAAUCGACAUUCACAACGUCUCUGGCGGAAUUGGCGCAAAGUGUGGGGAAAUCCACUGGCUUGGUGACAACCACGCGUGUCACACAUGCCUCGCCUUCCGGUCUGUACGCGCACAUCGCCGACCGGGACUGGGAGGAUGACAAUGAGAUCGAGGCUGACGGAUGCAGUUCCAAGGAAAUCGACGACAUCGCCAAGCAAUUGGUGCACGGCGAAGUGGGCAAGAAGUUCAACGUGAUCCUGGGCGGAGGCAGAAGACACUUCAUCACGAACACAACUGUGGAUGAGGAAGGAUCGCGUGGAAGACGACGAGAUGGAGUGGAUCUCAUUCAGGAGUGGCUCAAUGAUCCCUCAAAGGACAAUAAGCAGUACAUUUGGAACAGACAACAGCUGCAAUCGCUCAAUACUGCGGAAACUGAUCACGUUCUGGGGCUGUUUGAGUCCACUCACUUGCUCUACAAUGUGGAGAGUCAGGCGCUGGGCAGGACGGAAAAUGAACCAACACUGAGUGAAAUGAUGCAGAAAGCUCUGGAGAUUGUGAGCAAGAAUCCCAACGGAUUCUUCCUCUUCGUCGAGGGUGGAAAGAUCGAUUUGGCUCAUCAUGACAACUACUUGAGAGCUUCUCUGGAUGAAACUGUGGAGUUUCACAAGGCUAUUGAACUGGCGAGAGGAAUGUUCAGCGAGGAAGACACUCUGAUCGUCGUCACGGCAGAUCACAGUCACGCCAUUUCCAUGUCCGGAUAUCCAAAUCGAAAGCACGACAUUUUCGGCUAUGUGGGAAAUGCGAACGACAACAAGCCCUACUUCACGAUGGGCUACGCCAACGGACCCGCGUAUCCUGUGCACGUGAAGGAGGGCGUGGGUCGUGUGGAUCCCAGGACGCUGGACACGAGCGCCUGGAACUUCGAGUUCCCCGUCAUGGCGCCGCGGGACUCCGAGACGCACGGCGGCGAGGACGUUCCCGUGUACGCGUCAGGACCUUGGGCGCACCUGUUCACGGGCACGUACGAGCAGCACGUAAUUCCGCACAUGAUAGCCUAUGCUGCCGACAUGCGGGGCGACGGAUGGUGAUAAGCGUCCAGGCAUAAUCUCAAGUGUGACCAUCGAAAACGCCCAUUAAUAUCAUAUGAUUGGAAGACGCAACAAAUUACCUACAAAGACACUCAAAUUUCACUGGAUUCAAUGACUCAACUGACUCUUCUUUCACGUGUCUGUCGAGUCUACUGAAUGGCAGAUAAAUAGGCCAAUAAAUGCCUCGGGCAUGCUUUUAAUUGCACUUCUGGUUUAUUGUAAUACAAUUACUCCGCCUGAGAUCACACUCGAGAAUCCUUAUCAACUGAUAAUUACAUCAACACAAUACACACAGUUUCCACGGGAAAUUAAUCAUCUCUCUGAUAUGUGUUAAUUCUCCUGAAUGCGAGAAGCAAUACAAAGUUCAGAUAAGUGAAUUUUAUUGAUAAAUUUCAAGCAUUUAUGAUAUCUAAUCUCCUGAUUGCCGCAAAUUGCCAAUAAAUGUCUUUGGAAGUACACUCAAUGCCCCUCAACGCCACUGUUUACAAACAUUCCAUCCGUAAUCAAUGUUAUCCGUGUCGAAAUCCCAUUUCUUUUC